AGAGAGAGAGAGAGAGAGAGAGAACACAGCGCUGACCAAACAAAAGUCAUCUGAAGAAUUCGCCCCUUUUUAAUUUUUAAAAGUUUUCUUUUAAUAAAGCACUAAAUUGAUCUGGCUGUCGUGAAAGGGCUGCCGUAGUCGGAGCAUCUCGAUCUACACAAGGAAAUAUAACAACAGUGCUAGAUCUGACACAACAAUCUGAAGGGAAACAUGCCUCCUAAGUUUGGUGGUGGUGAAAAGUGUGGUAUUUGCAGUAAAUCUGUGUAUGCUGCUGAGAGGAUAGAAGCGGGGGGUACGCCUUUUCACAAGCUCUGCUUCAAGUGCUCUGAGUGUAAAAUGUCACUCAAGCUAAACACGUAUGCACAAGCCCACGGCAUUCUCUACUGCAAGAAGCACUAUCAGGAACUGGUUGUUGCCAAGAAUACACAGACGCCCGUGUUAUAGCCUGACUCCAAUCUCCCUGACGAGUGUCAGUGAUCUUUGUAGCAAUAGCAUGUGUAUAUGGUUGUAAUUUGUUCAUUAUCUAUUAAUUGCAUUUUUGUUCUUGAUGUGUUUGAGUAGUUUUUAAUCAUUUUCAAAGUGUUCAUUAAUAAAAUCAUAUUGCUAUU